AUGUUCUUCCUCUUCCGCUACAUCCUCUACUUCCUGGGGUUUAACAUCCUGACGAACCUGAGCCUGUUCGGUCUCUACCAUUUUCUUCCCAAUCCCCCUCGAAUUCUCGGCUUCCUCGCCCGAGUGAUGUCGUCCUAUCUAACCAUGAUUGUGUGCGCUGCCUACGGGACCGUCGCGUCUGCUAUACUUAAAGUUAUGGGCCUAGAAUUCGCAUAUGCACAGUGGACCACAGGCAAGGCAUUCGAGCUUCUGUGCACAUACACUACGGGCGUGACAUUUGAUAUUGUCGACAACGGCCGCGACAUUCUCGACAACAAUCGCCCUGUGGUAUUUGUAGUCAAUCACCAAACCGAACUUGAUGUGCUGCUGUUAGGAACCAUCUGGCCCAAAUACUGUUCUGUCACGGCUAAGAAAUCUCUCCGCAAUAUGCCAUUAUUGGGCUGGUUCAUGAUUCUCUCCGGCGCCAUCUUCAUCGAUCGUGUGGACCGGAGUCAAGCCGUGAAGGCAUUUGAGGGAGCUGCCCAAGCCAUGCGAGAGAAGAGGCAAAGUGUGGUCAUUUUUCCCGAAGGAACGCGGAGUUAUUCCGCAGAGCCGAUGUUGUUGCCGUUCAAGAAAGGGGCAUUCCACCUUGCCGUACAGGCGGGAGUGCCCAUUGUGCCCGUGGUGGCGGAGAACUACAGUGCUGUGCUGAAUAUCAAGGCCAGAAGAUUCAACAGCGGUUCUAUCAGAGUUAAAGUGCUCGAUCCGAUUCCUACUGCUGGUCUCACCGCCGCCGACGUCGACCAAUUAACCCGAGACACACGGGAAAAGAUGCUUAACACCCUCAUUGCCAUGGGACGGGAUUCCGAAUCACGAUCCGUAAAGUCCAAAAAGGAGUUGUAA